AUGGCACUAACACUCGUCCACUUUGAUUCGAAGGUGGAACAGGAGGAGGAGUACAUAGCAAACAGGCUUCUGAAGAGACUCGAUUCCUUGAAGAGGGAGAAGCAGGUGCUUGCAACGGAGGUGGAGCAGGAGGAAGAGUACCUUGUGAACAAUCUGCAGAAACGAAUGGGGAAGUUGAACUUGGAGAAGACAGAGCUCGAGAAAGAGCUGGAGAAGUUGCAUCGCAAGUGUGAGGAGUUGCGGCUGGAGCAAUGCAAGAUGAGCCGGGAGAAGGAGAUGAUCGAGAACCAACUGGAGGCAGAGCAGGAGUACAUCGUCAACAAGCUUCAGAAACAGGCAAUGGGCCUUGCAGCCGAAAAGCAGGCGCUGCAGCUGGAAAAGACAGACCUCAAGCGCCAGGUGGGCGAGCUGAUGGAGGCGGUGCAGAAGCUGAACAACGAGAAGGUGCUGCUGGAGCAGAGCAUGGAGAUGGAGGAGGAGGGCAUCGUGAACCGGCUGCAGCGCGUCAUCGAGACGGUGCUCGCGCGCAACAAGGCGGUCGAGGCCUGCCUCGAGGCGCACGGCCUCAGCGUCAAGGACCUCAACCCGCCCCAAGUAGAUGUCUCCACCGAGUGGGCCUACUCAAGAUCUCCUACGCGCUCCGACGCCCAGGCCCGCCUCAACAGCGGAGAGCUGUGGUCGGCAGGCAGCGGCAGAUCAGACAUGUCCACCAAUGACAUGCGCGCUGCACGUGCAUAG